AUGGUUUACAGACACCUAGAUCAAGGAAGGACAUCGUUUCAGACCAUCAAGGUGGAGCCAAGGGCCAGUGGAGAGAAACUGUCGACCAAGUUUCACUUUGAGUCGAAAACUCGCGCCAUAUUCUCCGGCGACUCCGCAGGGGCUUUCAUGUAUGCAAAUUACAAGGGACGGCACGAUCUCUGGCAGCAACUGUUGGAAGAAGAGCCCUAUGACUUUGACAGCCCCACGUUGGAUGUGGCGUCAGGCUCGGGAGUGUCUCUGAUGAAAGUGUGUGCUCAGAAACGCGCUCGAAAGGACAAAAAUCAGCUGGUUUGCAACGUAUAUGCUAUUGACAACUAUUCGAGGGACAAGGAGCGUAAAUCGCGCAUGAAGAAAAUCAUCAACAACAUCCGAUGUGAGAAUUUUGUUGACUUGGUAACGCUCAACUCGGCGGAUCUCACCCAGUUACCGUACGAAUCUGACGUCUUUUCCUUGGUGACUUCUCCAUGGGCGUUCAAAUCAUACGAUAAGGUGACCCAGAGACAGAUACUAAGAGAAAUGGCACGUGUGUGCAAACCAGGAGGCUAUAUCAUCAUCACAGACUUGAAGCUGAGCUCCAAAGGACCGCUAGAACAAUGGAUACAGGACAUGGGAUGGGAAGAAGUGAACAAGAAAGGAGCCGGACCUUGUGGAUGGUUCGGAUACUGGUCUACGGAAUGCUACAAGUUCCAGAAACCGUACGAUGACAAUGACAGACACUCGGUCAUCACCUCAACCACCACCUCAACCAUUCCACCAAGUUUGGUGUAUGAUACAGAUGCUAGCUCUUCGCUCUUCAGAGGAGAUACUGAUAGAAGCAGUUUGUUCACCGAGAGCGACGCAGACACCAUUCAUGUGUCUAUUAGGUAG